UGUUUCGGCGAACUUAUGCACACAAACCAAUCCAAAGCACUUGUGGGAUUGUUCAACGGAUCUACAGAAUGCCGGAAGAACAAGUAUGGAACGGGGAAGCCUGUUAAGGAAGUUGCUGUAGUGGGAGCUGGGCUUAUGGGAGCGGGUAUCGCUGAUGUUACCAUCGAUAAAGGUCUCAAAUGCGUCUUAUUGGAUAAGGAUCAGCAGGGUUUGGAACGAGGCCAAAACCAAGUUGCCAACUAUAUGGAUAGUUUGGUCAAACGUCGGAAGUUUUCGAAAUUGGAUAAAGAAAGGUUUUCUUUCUUGUUCCUGCUGAACUUGCCAUUGAAACACAAGGUCUUGAAGCAAAUUGAAAACAUCGUAGGCAAGGACACCAUUAUAGCUUCUAAUACAUCUGCUCUGCCAAUAAGAGAAAUUGCAAAAGUCUCCAAUCGUCCUGACAAGGUGAUAGGCAUGCAUUAUUUCUCUCCAGUUGAAAAAAUGCAACUUUUGGAAGUUAUCGUUCAUGAUGGUACGUCAAAAGAAACCUUAGCAACGGCUGUCCAGUUAGGACUGAAGCAAGGAAAGACUGUAGUAGUCGUUAAGGUGAUAGGCAUGCAUUACUUUUCCCCUGUAGAAAAAAUGCAAUUGUUGGAAGUUAUCGUACAUGAUGGCACAUCGAAAGAAACCUUGGCAACAGCUGUUCAAUUAGGACUGAAGCAAGGGAAGACUGUAGUGGUCGUUAAGGAUUGCCCUGGAUUCUUCGUGGUACGAUGUUUAGCUCCAAUGAUGUCUGAAGUGGUCCGAUUGUUACAAGAA